UUUGUUUUUAAUUAGAUUGGAUCAUUAUUGCUUUUGAUUUGAGUGUUAUACAUCUUGGUUUCUUUGUGUGUGUCUGUUUUUUCACUGGUGUUUCAUCUAUGAACUGUAUUCUAACAUUUCUCUCUUUUGUUUCAGGUGAACUAAGAUGGGCAAUCGUAAAAACAAGCGUGUAACCAAAAAGACAAGGGACUUGGAAGAGGUGUUAGAAGAGAACAUUGCUCAAGGACAUGCGGCAGAUAUAGAGACUGAAGAAGCUGGUCAUGAUUUACUGAAUGGAGCUGGUAAUGAUGUAGUUAAUGAAGCUGGUAAUGAUGUAGGUACUGGAGCUGCAGGUAGCCUGAAUGAAGAAGAUGAGUUAGAAGAGAACUCUGAAGAACAGGCGGCAGAUGAGGAGAAUGAAGAACUUGGUAAUGAUGUAGUUAAUGGAGAUGAUGAGCAAACACAGAAUGUGCCUGAAGAACAGGCGGCAGAUGAGGAGAAUGAAGAACUUGGUAAUGAUGUAGUUAAUGGAGAUGAUGAGCAAACACAGAAUGUGCCUGAAGAACAGGCGGCAGAUGAUGAUAUAGUUGCUGAACCAAAGCGUAAAAAGCAACGAGGACCAACGAAGAUGAAACACAUCGCCAAGGAUCCAAAUGAAAAGCAACAUGUUGACUUCACUGAUAUGGGAGAACAUUGUGGCCCAGGGUCAGUGCUGUUAUCAUCAUACUUGGGUCCGUUAGUACGGGAACAUGUUCCUGUCAUAAUCGACACUUGGAAAAAAGUUGGUGAAGAUAUCAAAACUGUUCUGUGGAAAUCUAUUGAGGCAAGGUUUGACAUUGACGAAGACUAUAAGAAGACUGCUGUGUUUAAGCAGAUGGGAUGUCUCUGGAGAGCCUCCAAAUCACGUCUGGUGAGCAAGGUUAGGAAAGCUAGAACCAUGAAAGAUAGGAUGAGUCUGCGACCGAAUAAUGUACCUCCAACAGCAUGGCGUCUCUUUGUCAAAGCCAAGACUAGUAACGCCUUCAAGGUAUUCACUUAGUUGUCUUUGUUUAUUGGCCUGUAGAAUACUCACCUUUUUUUUCAUUCUAAUUCAGGUUGUAAGUGAUUCAUUUAAGGCAAGAAGGAAGAAGCAGAUACCUCACACUUGUGGGCGUAAAGGAAUGGUCAGAUUGAGAGAAGAAUUGGUAAAGAGUAGCUCAGAACCAUCUAAGAUCACAAGGCUAAAAGUUUGGGUCAAGUCGCGUACUAGGAAGGAUGGUACGCCUGUAAAUAUUACUGCUGCUGAAAAGAUUGUAAGUAUUGACUUUACCUAUCAGUAUGAUUUUAGAAAUUGGAUAUCCUGCUUGGUCCACCUUAUGAUCUGUAAUUGUGUUUGCAGCAAAAGGCAAAAGAGAUAGACACUGAAAGUCUUAAUGAUUCAACGACAACGAAUCCAAAGGAAGAUAUGCUUACACAGAUUUUGGGACCUGAUAAUCCUGGAAGAUUGAGAGCAAUGGGUAGAGGUAUGAGCUUGACAAAAUUGGCUUGUUUCCAAGUCAAGAGCAAAUGUAUGGCUGCAAUGGAAGAAAAGCAGAUUCGUUUGCAGAAAAAGGUUCAUGAGUUAGAGCAGAUCUUAUUACAGAGACAAGGGUCUGACAUCGGUGAAAACUCGAUUCAUAGAGUAUGUACCAACUAUUUAUAUAUUGCCUUUGUUUAUAUUUAUGAGUUGAUUUCUCAUUGUUUGUUUUUCAUGUAGAGUGUAAACACCAAAUCACUUCCCAAGUGUUAUUUGGUUGACUGGUCCUGUCCUGAUGAGAAUGUCGCUGAGGGACGUGUUGUUUCUUAUGAUGAGGAUGAGUUGGUGAAUGGAAUUCCUUUAGGGCCUAACUCUGUCAAGGUUUUAGUUGAAUUAGUUACUAAACCAGAAGCAUUUCUCUGGAGACCUGCACCUGACAUGUUUACUCUUGAGGAUGCACUUGGCGAAAUGGUUGCAUGGGAUGCUGAUUACUGUAUUGUUCCAACUGAUGGUAGUAUACCAGAAAACAUAGCACCUAAGGUUA